UUUGAUUCCCAUUUUCGCGAGAAAAAAAACAAUUUUCCGAGAGUUUGCAGAGAAACUUCCCCGUGCUGCGACCAGGGAGCUUGAACUUGACUCGCUCCGUCUCGCUCUUCCUACCCAAAUAUUUUAUUCCUCUCCCCUCAUUGUAUCCUCCUUACUCCUUAGCUAGCCUCUUUUAAAGUCUUCUAAGUCAGUUGCCACAGUUUUCCCAGAGGGAGAAAGAAUCACAAAAGCCUCGCACUUCACAAGUCUCUCUCUCUCCCCUAAAUUUGAUGCUAAUAUUAUUUUUAGUGAGGGAGAGAGUAGAGGCGAGGAUAAGUCUUUUUAAAAUCUUCUUUUGAUACUUUCCUUCUUCUUGUAAUAAUAAAAAUCCAACCUUUUUUAGCGUUCAGGGUAAUAAAAUAAACAAGAAAACGUUAUUUGAAUGUCCUCUUUUCAUCUGUUUUCUGGGCUCUGUUCUGGUUCUUUGUUCAGGGGUUGAAUUUAUUUAUUUGGGCUGAGAUUUGGUGCUCAGUAAAUUAAACGAUCAGAACUUGUUGAAAGGAGAUGAAAAGCGAGGAUCAAGCAAGGUAUUUGUUUGGGAUUUCUCUUACAGAUAGACCGAAAUGGCAACAGUUUCUUAUUUGUUCAUCCGGAUUCUUCUUUGGUUACCUUGUUAAUGGCGUUUGUGAGGAAUAUGUGUAUAAUAGGCUUCAGUUCAGCUAUGGAUGGUAUUUUACUUUUGUACAAGGAUUUGUUUACCUGAUAUUGAUACGGCUUCAAGGCUUUACCAUAAAGCAAAUGGUCAAUCCAUGGCAAACAUAUGUGAAACUAUCUGCUGUUCUCAUGGGUUCUCAUGGUUUAACCAAGGGUUCAUUGGCUUACCUGAACUACCCUGCUCAAAUUAUGUUCAAAUCUACAAAGGUACUGCCAGUUAUGAUUAUGGGUGCCUUCAUCCCUGGCCUGAGAAGGAAAUACCCAUUUCAUGAAUACAUCUCUGCUCUGCUUCUUGUUGUUGGUCUCAUCCUUUUCACCUUAGCAGAUGCCCAGACAUCGCCCAAUUUUAGCAUCAUUGGUAUUAUAAUGAUUUCAGGUGCUUUAAUCAUGGACGCCUUUUUGGGUAAUUUCCAAGAAGCAAUUUUCGCCAUGAAUCCGGAAACAACACAGAUGGAGAUGUUGUUCUGCUCAACAGUAGUCGGGAUUCCUUUCUUACUUGUGCCAAUGAUUCUAACAGGAGAGCUCGUUACUGCCUGGAAUUCUUGUUCUCAGCAUCCUUAUGUGUAUGGGGUGUUGGUGUUUGAAGCCAUGGCCACAUUCAUCGGUCAAGUGUCUGUUUUAUCCCUCAUUGCUAUUUUUGGUGCUGCUACCACUGCCAUGAUAACAACUGCUAGAAAGGCUGUCACUUUGUUGCUGUCAUACAUGAUAUUUACAAAACCAUUAACUGAACAGCACGGGUCAGGGCUGUUGCUCAUAGCCAUGGGAAUCAUAUUGAAGAUGUUGCCGGAUAGUAAACCAGUACCAAGGAUCCCAAUCUCAAAUGUAAAUGCCAUGCAUCCAAAAACCUCUUCCCAAGAAGCUGAAAGUGUAGAAUUUGAAGAAGAUGAAGAGACAAAGCCCCUAGUCUGAAAAUAAUGUGAAAUUAUUCAAGGCUCUAGCCUCUAGAUCAAGAUUGCCCCCUUUUCCUGUCUAUGUCAAAUGUUUUCAUAUUCAUUUAAUAUUUUUGGUUUCCUUACUGAACCCACUGCGUUAUGGGUGAUGAGUAGUAACAAAUAAAAGAAAGUACGGGUAAAUAGCUAGUGCUGUAGGCUGUAGCCUCUACUCUCUUUGAUGCUAUAACCAAUUGAAUUGAUAAACGGCCUAUUUUUCACUAAAA